AUGGUUGGUCCAGCAUCACUAAGAACAAAAAAGGCCUUACUGACACGAUACUGCAAUAAUUUGUCUCGGGUAAUCGAGAGAAUCGAUUCUGCUCACACCGCCGCGCAAGCUAGUAGCGAUGACGCAACAUCUCCUCCACGCAUCAAAGCAUCGCUGUUUGAACUCGACGCCACGGCAAAGCUAGCGGCAGAUGCCUUGAAUGCUUUCACGGCAGCGCUGGACGAGAUCGAUGAACUACCCGAAGAACAAGACAAGCAGGCGAACGACUACAUUGACUCAUCGCUUUCGUUGAUUGAGCGCGCUCGUCUGAUGGCGAUUGAACUCGACGCAAAAAACAUUGGGGACCGGGAGGAAAAUGACGAGAGAGGAUGGACAGAGAUGAUGAGACCAAAACUUCCGCCAAUACCCAUACCCAUAUUUACGGGAAAGCUUCAGGAAUACACCAACUUUUGGACACUUUUCGAAUCCAACGUCGACAGACAACCACUCACCAAUCUACAGAAGUUUAACUAUUUAUUAACCGCUUUGCGAGGGGAACCCCGAGAACUGAUUAAACGAUAUCCAAUAACCGAAGCCAACUAUACGCACGCCAUUCAACUUUUGAGGGACAAGUAUGGGGACGAAUCUAAGCUCAUCGCGGACUUACAAUCGCGCCUUGAAAUGACGAAGGCAGACAACAAAUCUAUCUACGCUCAACGUCGCCUUCUCGAACAAAUUCUUCCCAUAGUAACUCAGUUGGAAGAGUUGGGAAUAACACUGAAUGGCUCGUAUCCUACAAAGAAGCUUCUCUCCAAGUUUUCUUACACAUUGCAGCGUCAAGUUCUGGAACGCUGCCUCUUGCAAAAUAAGAAAGAAACCGAUUGGAUUAUGCGGGAUGUGCUCUCUGAGCUGGACGAUCUGAUAACCACACAAGAACAGAUCAGUGAAAUGAUCGAUAGCAUUCCCAACAAGUGUGAUGAUCGCAGCAGAGAUUCUCAUAACAACAACAGAUCGAAGAAAUUCCUCAUGAAGAAUGCGACAACAAAGCCUGACCCGAAUGCAUGUAUGUUUUGCGGAUCAACGCAACACAAAUCAGCUGAUUGCACAAGGAUUCCAAGCAUCCACCAGCGACGUACCUAUAUGCAACAACAUAGGAGAUGCCUCAACUGUGGGAAAGAAGGCCACUUUGUGAAAGACUGCACAAGUAAAGGAUGCAGGUAUUGCACGGGGAUGAAGCAUCAUCAUACCCUCUGCCCCCAGAGGCACAACUUGGGAGAGACCACAGACCAAACCCCACCAAGGGCAAGGACAAACACUAAUACUCCACAGAACAGACCGCCGGUACCCAAUGUACCUCGGAAUACGAAACGACAUGUGAAAACUGCGGUAGCGACGGCACAACCAGUGCAGACUACCGACAGCAGCGCGACCUACCCGGACAUAACGGAUACUGCGCAGCACUCACCGCAAGAUACAUCUAUCCUUCAGAAUAGUACGGUAGACGCCCUGGACAAUAAGGUAUUGUUACUGACAGGAGUAGCGCGGGUACGGGAUGAAGCGCGUGAUGACUGGAAAGAAGUGGAGAUCCUCUUCGACACAGGAGCCGACCAGUCAUUCAUAAGCUCUGCUCUCGCAGAAGAAUUGAACCUGAAAUGUACAAAAGAGAAGGAGCUCACUAUGUACACUUUCGGUUCUACUGACCCUAAACCGACCAAGUGUAGGCACACAACGUUGGACCUGUGGGAUAAUCAGGGACAAAAACAUCCCGUACGGCUAUGUACCACACCGGUACUCACAAGUAAAGGACAAACGACCCAACUCGACCACGCGGACCUAGCGUUUGUGGCACAACACAACAUCCACCUGUCCAAACCUACGUCCAAUUCCACAUCCAUACCACAGAUAUUACUCGGAUGUGAUCAGUUGUGGGGUUUAUUGGAUGCUCCCCUUCCACGCUUUAAACUCCCAUCGGGCCUGCUCCUCAUUCCCUCAAAACUCGGAUAUUUGCUGACCGGAAAGCAGCACACCUUCCACGGAAUAGAAGGACAACAGAAUGAGGUCAAUAUCAGCAUGAUCACCAUGGUACAGGCCUUCACAGAAUCUGAAGAUGAGAUGAGCCGAUGGGACAGAUACUGGACAAUGGACUCAGCCGGUAUAUGCGAGUUCACGGGAACUAAAAACGAAGAAAAAACCGCAGUUAAUGAACAAGUGGUUAUGUUCUUCAAUAACACAAUCGAACGCCGUCCUGAUGGGUACUACGUUCGGUUGCCGUAUAAGGACAAUCACCCCCCCACUACCGGACAAUCGGCAAAUAGCUCUGAAACGGUUACAAGAAGUAAUACGGACGCUGAAAUCGAGUCCACAGUUAUUACAAGAUUACGAAAACACAUUCCACACCCAGCUGGAAAAGGGAAUUAUUGA